AUGCUAGAUGCAUGUUUUGAUGGAGAUAUACGGCCCUUAUCCACAUUUACAAUCUGCCGGAUCCAAUCGAAAGCACUGUGAAGACCAUGCUGCGGAAAGAUUUGCGCAAGCGUUGAGCGACAGAUGACAGCCAUGAGUAAGAUUUUGAUUCACUUCAGCCAUGUGAACCGCCGCCAUAGGUCAUUCACGGAGGUCUUCUUCUGCUAGGUUUUGACAUUCUGGGAACGGCUACAUAUCUUGACUUGCUACACCAAUCCCGUACAAGUUACUGACCAUGUCGUACUUCCGAAAGAGAUGACUAUCAUUCGGUUUGACGGCUAACAGACAAUCUGAACAUCUAAGAGGAUCUGUCAGUCAGGCAUUCUCUCCGAAUAAUGUACAGUACAGCCUUGGGCGAGCCGAGAGUGCCCCAGAGGUACCCGGUUUUUCGUACCCACACCGUCGAAAUCCUCGCCAGGGUUUUAUACCACCAAACUCGGGUCCAAUGCCAGUCCUAUCCGUAUCAGUCCUGUAGCGAACAUAUAAAGGCGUAGCUUCCACGGAUACUUUUCGCAAUUUCAUUCAUGAACUCAUCCUCGUAACACACUUUAAUACUGCGCAAAUUUGUCGUUCAUCCAUCAUGUCGACCGCUUCACUCCAAGCACCAGGCCACAAUCGUCAUGUACGAAAAAUUAGCGGUCGGGCUACCAAAGAGGAGCUGACUAAGAUGAUGGGGCCAACUGUUGUUGUGCCCCCAGCCGACUACAUGGCUGCGGCGGAGUCAAAGAGUCAUGAGAUCGCGGCAUCUAUGGAAAUCGCUCGUCAUGAGCUUGAAGAGUUCCGUUCAGCAACAUCGACGCCAUCAGAACCAGGAGAGACCGUUGUAACUGACAAGUUUGCUUUCGCCUUUGAUAUCGAUGGUGUCCUCAUUCGAGGAGGAAAAGUCAUCCCGGAAGCAAUCGAAGCCAUGAAAGUUCUCAACGGCGACAACCAAUAUGGUAUCAAGGUUCCAUACAUAUUUGUUACCAACGGUGGCGGCAAGACGGAAGCAGAACGCUGCUUGCAACUCAGCAAUCAGCUUCAAAUUGAAGUAUCUCCUGGACAGUUCAUCUGCGGCCACACUCCGAUGCGGGAAAUGGCGGAGAAGUACAACACGGUGCUCGUUGUUGGUGGUGAGGGCGAAAAGUGCCGCCAAGUUGCCGAAGGCUAUGGAUUCAAAGACGUCGUCACCCCAGGAGAUAUUAUCAAGGACAAUGCCGAUACCACACCUUUCCGGAAGCUCACGCCUGAAGAGUACAAGAAUUCAAGGGCACGAAACUUUGGCGAGACCGAAAUAGAAGCCAUUUUUGUCUUCGCAGACAGUCGAGAUUGGGCAUCCGACCAACAGAUCAUCCUUGAUUUGCUCAUGUCGAAGAAUGGUCGACUAGGUACUCGAUCAGAGACCUUUAACGAGGGUCCACCUGUCUUCUUUUCUCACAACGAUGUGGUCUGGUCCACAUCCCACGACCUGACCCGAAUCGGUAUGGGUGCGCUUCGUGUAUCCCUUGAAGCUAUGUUCAAGGCUGUUACAGGCAAGGAACUUAAGACCACAGCUUUUGGAAAACCUCAAAUUGGUACCUUCCAGUUCGCAACGCGUCUUCUCCAGCAGUGGCGCAAGGAUACUCAUGGCAUCGACUCGCCACCAGAUACUGUCUAUUUUGUUGGAGAUACUCCUGAGUCAGAUAUUCGUGGCACGAACGAAUUCGACGAGCGUGCUGAAAAUAAUUGGUAUUCUAUCCUUGUUCGCACCGGGGUUUAUGUGGAAGGAACUAAGCCUCGUUUUACACCGAAGGCUACAGUCGACACCGUGCUUGAUGCUGUGCAUCAUGGUAUUGAACGCGAGUAUCGCAAUGCUAUGAAGAAGAUUGCGGAGAAAAAUGCUGCAUCUGCAAUUGAGGAGUAGACGCAGUUUGAGGCCGGCCUUCACUGUCGCGUCUAUUUUCUCUUUUGUUUUUUCGUCGCAUGGCAUAUGGAGUCAAUUACUUCUUGGGAGGCUUAUGGCGUUGUGUCUGCUUUACUGGACUACCCAAACCAUGGAUUUGAGACUGAAUUGAUCUUGGAAAACAACAGAGCAAGGAAACACGAGAUGUGAUAUCGUGAAUAAUAGUUUAGAGAAUGAUUUUCUAUACUCCAUUAGAUGGUAGGGAAUGGUUGAGUACAUGUGAUAGUCUUCACCACCGGCUAUGACUUUCUAGGUAGAUUCAGAGAUUGAUUAAGAGCAAUUUCAAACUGCCAUGAAGCCCUGAUUCUUAUAUAUUUCUCGCCUCUAU